AUGGACUCGCAGACGAAUAAGACCUGGUACGACGACUCAUGUUUCGGCUUCGGCCAAAUCGGACUUAAACCACUCACACAUCAUGCCUUGUCUAAGACGCUUUCUGAAGUCGAACAGGCUGCUGCCCACGAUCGGUCUGGUACUUUUGGACCUUUCUCUGUGAUCAAGCUCGCAGACAUUGUGGCUCCUGUCGCUGAAGAGCCAUAUUCAAUCAGUUCUGCUGACCAUGCCGAGUCCUCGUCCGAGAUUGUGCUCAACCAUCUAAGCUUUGAGCUGCCGAUAAUGAGCGUCGAGGGGGGAAAUGAUGAUGCCACUGCUUUCGACCUCGAUUCUGCUGAUUCACCAAAAAACCGGCUAACCACCUUGCUAGUCACUAACUCAGAUGAUGACUCGCUACAAUCUAUCUCUAGCGGCUUUGUUCUAGAUUGCCUGUCACUCACCGAGCUACAAAUGGAGGACUCACCUGUUUUUGAUCAUCCGAGAUCGAAAUGGGAAGCAACCCGAGAUAUAGGGGGAAUAGAGCUCGAAAGUGACGACGACUAUCCUCUUACGACAUCAACUGAGUUCGCCGAAUCCGGCGGCAGCUCCUUGGACGACUUACAUGUCGCCGUAUAUCACCCGGAAACUAACAGUGCGAGGUCCAUGGGCCUGAGUCUGAGCAAUGAACGUCCACUCUCACUCUUCUCCAAUUCGACUACAGCCAUGCUUGUGCAUCACUUUGAACAAUAUUUGAUAUGCUUGAUGCAACCGGUAUAUCAUCUGCAAAGCCCAUUCAAAACAAUCUACCUCGCAACAGCAUUGCAAGGCUGCCCUGAUCUCAACAUGGCGACCAACGGCAGCCAAGCCUCGAUAGCAAGCACCGCUGUCUUCCACAGCAUACUUACCUGUGCCGCGAUCAACCUCCAAGCCCUGAGAUCUAACGCAGGUCAACUAUCUCAGCUUGCGUACUACCACAAGCAGACUGCUCUAUCAGCGGCACGCAAGGCUCUGACUACCAAGAAAAGCACCUACAGGGAGCUCAUGACUGCGAUCCUCUCCCUCGUCUCAGUCGAUGUUGCGGACGGCGGAACCCAAGAUCACUGGAUCCACCUCGACGCCGCACGGCGCUUGCAAGAAUCCCGUCACGACUCCCGCCUGGUUACUCACGAAACAAGACAAUUGGACAGUAUUUGUACGAUGUUGAAUCUGUUUGCUCGCACAGCACUGUACAACAGCGAUCCCAAACCCUGGGCCCCUGGUAUAGCCGCUGGUAUACUAGGCGAAUCCAAUUUCAACGACCUCCAUAGCAACAUCGAGUUUCUCUACGGCAUCACACCUUCCAUCGCUAGAGCGAUAUUCAAAAUUACAGAACUUUCAAACUCGCUCGCAUACUACAGACAUACCAGUCAAGACGUUCCCCAGUCACUCCUCGCCGAGUGUGAAAGGGUGGGUGACGAACUUGCCUUUUGGACUGUGGAAUCCGAACCUCUUUCCUCUAUCGAAGAGCAGACCACAUCGUCCAUGCAAGCCAUAGCCCACGCGCAGGUCUCGGCAUUCUACAACGCAACUCUGAUCUACUAUUUCCGCAGCAUCCAGGAUUGCGAUCGACGUACUCUGCGUGAAGAACAAACGGCGUGUCUCGACGCCAUGAACAGAGCCGAGGAUUUGAAAGAAGGGUGUGUUCGGAACAGUACGAGCGGAUUUGCCGCACCUAUAAGUUGGCCUGCCUUCGUGGCUAGCUGUGAAGCAGUCGGAGAGCAGAGAAAGAGAUGGGAGAAGUGGUGGGCUCGCGUACAGAGUUACAGGGUUGAGAACUACGCCAGGCAGCGGGACAUGGUGUACAAAAUUUGGGAUGCCCUUGACGCGAGGGCGGAAGAGAGCCAAACAGGGCAUGGCAGCGCAGCAAAACCGACGGAUUGGAAACAAGCAUUGUACGAGAUGGGCGUUAGAAUUAUUCCAAUAUAG